AACCUCCAAGCCAUCCCGCGCGGCAGCUUGUCAUAUCGGCAUCGAGACAGAGACGGGGCGCGACAGCCAUCAAAGCAGAGUACUUCGAUUCCCUUGAGCAGCGACUCGCGAAGACUAUAGACGACUGUGUGACAAGGUCCACUCGCCCCCGGCAGACGCUGCUGCAAAGCUCACACCAUCUUCAACCCACCUCGAAAUCAACGAAUCAAUCACAAUGGUGCACCGAGUUCUGUUCUGGUCCGGCUUCGGUGUCGCCGUGCGCUUCUGGCAGCUCGGCCUCGAGAUGCGGCCUUUCUUCAACAGGGGCUCUCUGUGGGCUUGGCCCGUAUUCGCCGGCGUUGGUGGCAGUUUCGGAUACUGGCUGCAGGGCGUGGACGAGAGGCAGACUGCCGUGCUCGCCGAGCGGAAACAGGCUAUUUUGGAGAAGCGGGCGCGCAAGGCUGCGCGCGAUGCCGAGCAAGCCACUGCUUAGAAAGACAGGCAGACGGGCGGCGGGCCGAGCAGUGGGCGACAACAAAGAGCCAAAUCGAGAAGGCACAUCAAGAUAGUGGCAUUGAUACAGUAUGCUGUCUGUGGCACAGGAGAACAAGAGGCGCCGAAAAAUAUCUGCUAUCAAAAAGAGAUUAGCGGUUUGUACAUAUGGAAGUCCACAAGCAGUUGCGUUUCUGCAGCGCCAAGCUCAGAAGAUGGCUAUUCUCUGAUACACCAAUCGAGACAGUAUCCUGAAUGUAUAUGCAUCGAGUCGAUGUGAUAUUGUAGCACUGUCAACUGUCACUGUCCUGCACCAUUCGCUGCUGGAAUUGCGAACAUUGGGUAUGAGUUCUUGUUCUAUGCUGGUACAUCUACGUCUAAGGCCCCAGUUUUG